CCUACUACUACUACUACUACAGUCGCUAAUUUUGACGAGAUCAAAAAUGAUACUAAAUUAUCAGAGAGCAGACCAGUGGGCAGUAAAAGUUCAAUGUCCCGCUCCCAGUUAUCAUUAUCAAAUUAAAGACGGUGCUCGUAUGAGUAAGAGCACAGGUUCCUGUGUAUGAUAUCCUGGUCAAAAUGGUUUGGCCAAAUGACCUGGAGGGCUUUGGAGAGGAAAUUAGAAAUUAUACCUUCAGUGGUGCUCUGGACUGGUUUAUAAAAAUACGAGAUCCUGUAGAAGUUUACAAGGCCCAACCGACGUUCUUUUUGGCUGAAUGCAAUUUUGUGAUAAUUGCAUUACUCUCGCUCAUACAUUCAUUCAUCGUUGGAGGCCGCUGGAAGUACCACUGGCUAGCAUGUUAUUUACAUGGAAUGACGACAGAAAUGGUGUCAGUUUUGAUGCCAGAUAUUGAUAACUAUUGGCAGUCUCAAACCACUGUCAUGUUAAUGGGUCGACGGCUGCCUUUCCACAUUCCCCUAAUCUAUCCGUCAUUUAUGUAUCAUGCAGCUUAUAUGGUAGCUCAUAUGAAACUUCCCCGUUGGGCAGAACCCAUGGCAGCUGGCCUUAUGGAAGUACUUAUUGAUUUGCCAUAUGACAUUAUGUGUGUCAAGUUUGUACACUGGACAUGGCAUGACACUGACCCCAAUAUUUAUGAUCGUCACUAUUGGGUCCCAUGGAAUUCCUAUUAUUUUCAUCUUGCUUUCGGCACUGCAUUUACCUUCGCUAUUCAUUUUUGGAGGCGCACUAUCACUGGAAGUGAUGAUAAAGACUACGUAUCCAGCACUGGGAAAGAAUUGCUUUGCGCAUUGUUAGCAGGGUUGAGUGGAAUGCCGGGCGGUGUUAUACAGUUCCUUUUCUUAUACCACCCUCUUCACGACACUUAUGGCCUUCAUACUGAAAACUGUGUAAUUAUCAUCGUUGUUAUAUACUUUAUGAUUGUCUGGACUGCAGAUCGAGCUCAAAGAUACUCUUCACGUAGACAGAUGGGUGAGAAGUCUCAUUGGUCUGUUGGUAUCAUUGUUAUCAACAUGCUUCUUCAUUAUGGAUUGUAUUGGUGUAUGGCUGUAUUUGGAUCGCCUGAAAAUGAGGUCUCCAUUGGCUUGCAUGAACGCACAGGUCCAUGUGAUGAAAAAGAAAAGGUUUACACAGCAGUGGGAGGUGUUUUGGAGAGGAGGAAGUACCUCUGCACUGAGGAUUAUGAUGAAGGAUACUUUGAUUUUCAUUGUCUGCCAGGUGGAGAGCCUGUUUCUGAUGGUGUGGAAUGGUACACAAUAUGUGGUACACCGUUCCCAAAUCGGGCAGAAUAUAUUUGUGCAAUAUCACUUGUAUCUUUUGUAGCUGCAGUUGUUUUUUAUAAUUUGCUAUUUAAAAGCUCACGCACAUUGGUUUGUAAAAAGAUAGAUAAACAAAAGGUAAACUAACACAUUAUUUAUUGAUAUCAAAACAAAUACUGUAGCUAUAAAGAAGCAGUUACUUAUGUAAUUACUUAUACAACAUAUCAUUCAUAAGUAGCUAUGAUCGGUAAGCCACUUUGCGAGUUUCUGUUUGUGACAUCUUGGUACAGAGAUUUGCAGAUUUGAGUGGGUCGUCAUUUUAAAUUUUGUUUUACAAUAGACUAUUUUGUCAUAGAUCAGAAAAAACCAGUGGUUUGUAAAGGAAAAUUAGCUAAAGAAUUUACAGUUAUUAGGAAUGUAGUCAUCAAUGAAAUUGAUGCAUAUUCUCCAUAUGGAACUCAAGUAUGAAUACUUGCUGUGGUGCCUUAACUCUUGAAGCCAUGCUAGUGCUUUCUGUUUAAAAGAAAAAGUACUUUGAAAUGUUUUAUAAAUACUUUAUGUUGAUUGUUGAAAGUAUUUGUAAAGGGAAAAUUUGCAGUCACUUGAAACACAUGAACUUUUGAAAAUAAAAUGGUGUAAUGUU